AUGGCUCACACAACCACCCCAAUAAACCCCAUGCCCCCACUAUCACCAUUGAUCGGAGACAAUAGCCCCGUCAAAAGCUUGCAUCUGAGAGAAGACACGCCGGAAAACCUGUUGUCCCAACUCCUUCUCGGCAUUCAGAUUCAAAAACCAUUGUCUCCAUCCACCACCUGCGGUGUUACCUCGGAUUUGCUCUACCCUCUCCCUCCCUUUGUGUUUUCUUCUAAUCGGACAAGGAAAUCCAUAAGAGAAAGAAGACUUUGGCGACAACCAUUUACGGGCGCCCCUACAUGCGAUUUACUCGAUCAUCGGCGGAAUCUAGUGUUGCCUCUUUCCCCUCCUCACGGAUUUAACACCACCAAGCCACCACCCUUUUUCCUCCUUCGACUUUGUUUUCUUCCCGAUCGAUUGCAGAAGACACCCAAUCCCUCUUUUGUACAUUUGGUGGUGUUGGCAAAACGAGUCCUUACAUUAGGUUAUGCAACCAUCGAUGAGCAACGUGAAUGUUUGUUCAUCAAAUAUAGAUUGAGGAAGAUGAAGAAGUAA